AUGGAUCCAGCUGAACUACGUCGUGUUUUCCAAAUGUUUGAUCGCAAUGGUGAUGGAAAGAUCACAAGGCAAGAACUAGCAAACUCUCUAGAAAACCUUGGGAUAUAUAUACCAGAUGAUGAUCUUGCCCAAAUGAUUGAAAAAAUCGAUGUCAAUAAGGAUGGGUUUGUUGACAUGGAAGAGUUUGGUGAGCUUUAUCAGACGAUAUUAGGGGAGAGGGAUGAGGAAGAGGAUAUGAGAGAGGCGUUUAAUGUGUUUGAUCAAAAUAGGGACGGGUUCAUCACUGUGGAAGAGCUUAGAUCUGUAUUGGGCUCUCUCGGGUUAAGGCAAGGUCGAACCGUUGAGGAGUGUAGGCUCAUGAUCAAGAAGGUCGAUGAAGAUGGUGAUGGAAUGGUUAACUUUAAAGAGUUCAAGCAAAUGAUGAAAGCCGGUGGUUUUGCGGGUUUGGAGAGUUGA